AUGGGUCUGGUCCGUUAUGUCUCCCUUCUCGCUGCUCUGGUGCUGGCCGUGACUGUUAUAAAUUGGCGGAUCCUACGAGCGCUCACCUCAGAGGAUGUAGCCCAUCUCGAGGAGCAGCCACACUUGGCCAAGUACUACACAUGGCUACGUGAAUUGACCGCCAAAGCCGCCAAGGAAUCGACCCCGGACGACCCUGAGCAGCGUCAAGAGUACAUGGCCGCUAUGGCCUUGCAAAACGUCGAUGGGGAGUUGGUGUGCCGCCUCGGCCCUCUCCUCCCGUCCAUCCUCCGUGGUGAGCUCACGUGGACACAGCUCUCUACGCUGCUGCGCAAGGUUGCACACAAAAACCCAGGUGCCCGCGUCCUCCAGAUCGGUACCGGAAUGGGCGUUCAGGCGACGCGUCGCAUACUGGAGACGCUUGGCACGCCCAAGACGCCUUUGGUGGCGAGCUGGCACUUCGACCAACUCGACAUCGAGCAGAGCCCGGCCAAGCAAAAGUUUACCCCAGGGAGCUACGACAUCAUUGUAGCCUUCCAAGCUCUACGCGCCACCAAGAACGUGACCAGUGCUGUUGCCAAUGUGCGCAGCCUGCUGAAGCCAGGCGGCACGUUCCUCUUUGCGGAGACGAUCAAGGACCAGCGGUGGCAAGGCGAAGAGUCCGAUCGCCCAACACUCACAGCGUCCUCAUGGGAUGGCGUGCUUCGGGACGCUGGGUUUAAUGGUGUGGAUCUUGAGAUCCGUGACUCGGAGAGCGACAUCAUCCACACCAACAGUACCGUCAUGUCCACGGUGCCGCUCGCCGAAGACCAGAACUCCAGCCUGAGCAAUGCUAACCACCGAGAGAGCUUUGCCGUGGUCACCAGCAGCAAGGCAUCUCCACCACCAGGCUUUGUCGAUCUGCUAUCCCGGCGUAUCCAGGCCCUGACCGGUGCUGACACUCUCGCCGAGCACCUGGUGCUCGAGCAAAGCGGCUUCGACACCUACAAGGGCAAGAUCUGUGUCUUUGUGGGCGAGAUUGACGGACCAAUACUGGCGGAGCCCGACGCAGAGCCGUACCGUGGAGAGCGAGGCACCCGAGCGGGCCGUUCACCAGGGCUUCCUGCGUGUGCUGCGCAACGAGUACAUCAUCCGCGCUUCCUCUCCCUGGACCUGGGCCCUGCACAUGCAGCCGAGAGAUGGUCCUCGGGUGGAGAGGUUGUCGUCUCGGCUAUCGUUGAAGUACCCGAGGAGGGGUUCGGCCGUGCCGACACUGAGGCUGGCCCGGCUGAGUUCGAGUACGCCGAGCGUGACGGUGUCCUGCACGUUCCCCGGUACUACAAGGACGAGCAAUACAAUGAUAUGGUCACUGGCCCGCUUGUGUCGCACUGGGGUGAGGUACUACCAGUGGCCAAGGACGAAGAAGGGAAGGCCUGCGAAGACGACGGCUUCCCACCAGUACGCGGCAUCAUCCAGGGCGCCAUGUUACUACGCAAUGCUAUCUUCAAGCAUAUGACUCUCGAUGACUAG